AUGGCCGAGGAGCAGGUUGACGACAUCACUGGUGGCGGCGACGUGCUGACGCAUGGAGUGCGCGGAUACAGCUCUCAGAUAUUCGAUGAUCCGGAGAUGGCUUGGAGGCUUCAUCAGGAAUCGCAUCUGAUCCCGUGGCGUGGCGAGAGCGACGGAGACCUGCGCAUAGAUCGCUUCGACAUCCGGAAUUUGUUGGAGGACCGGAGUCUGUUCCGGCAGCUGAAGAAGAGGAAGCGAGUCGAUCCUAAAGACAGAAAGUCGGAGAGAAAAACUGCAAAAGAAGAUGCCGGGGAUGAUACAGAGGAAACGGAGGAGCAGCUGCUGCAUCGCCUACGAUACGGAGACUACGCAGUCGAGUUCCCGCCGUCAGAGGAAACAUUUGCGACGAAGAACAAGUUCCCGUAUCAAUACACAGACGAACAGAGUGACCAGGAGAGUGAUGGUGAAGCUUAUGAACCGCUGUGGGAGGUGCCAGAUCACCUUAUAAUGCCAAAGACCAAGAAACGGCAUGCGAUUCUAGAAGCCACAGCUAACAAGGUGCGGGGUAAUCCACAACUGGAAGUUAUGCUGAAGGUAUGA